UGUAGUUUAACGGGGAAAUAUGGACUUAAUUAACAUAUUAACAACAAGGUCUGCCUGAGGACAAACUGACAGAGUCUUGAGGCGGUGUUACUGCAAUACAAGUGCAAUUAGUGUGCUUAAUCAUCAUUAGUCCAUCGCUAAUGGCUGCACAGCUGCAGAGCCUUAUGUAAAAGGCUUACACCUCUUAAGACAAUAAUUGAGACAUUGAAUAAUUAACAACUGAGUCCGGCACUAAUAAUCCGGAGGUGUCCGAUUAUGCGUCAGCGAGGCGGACCAGUGAGCGUCUGUCCGAGCUCGUCCGGCACAACAUGGACACAGCAGACAAGGCACCACCGGCUCUAUGGAGAUGGAUUCAGCGGCUGCAAAGGAAACUAGUGGAUUAUACCAACUUCUUUCACCUGCAAAGAAAGGUCCACAGUUCAGUCAUGGAGCACUACUGUUUCUUUUGUUAAGCUCUAUUAAUGGUCUGAAACUGGUUUUAAUGAUGAUCAGGGAUGUUACCUAGAGCUUUGUAAGUUGCCUGCUACAGUGGGGAACAACUGCACUAUUGUAUCAUCCCCUUUGGACCAGCAAGAGCAAAAAAGAGUCCAAUUCCCCACCACAUCUGUUCCUCACCUCUGUUGCCUAAAUCCCAGGCUGCACCUCUUCCAUCCUGACAGUGGACCACAGAUAUCCUCCUGUCUGGAUGACUAAGGGAAGAGUUGCCAGACACAUAGCAUGGCUCGCUCCUCUCACCCCUCUGGCUGGAGGGAGAUGACAAAUGGAGGGGGGCGCCCCCACUUAAACCACGGAGGCCAGACGGGGGGUUCCCACAGCACCACGCGCUACAUGCAGAAGAAACAGCACCGCCACAGACGCAGGUCCUCCUCACCGAUGGGCAGAGUCAUUCUCAUCAACGCACCUGUUGAUGGAGGGGAUGACUGUAAAGACAUUCACACAGUGACAGUCGACAAGAGUCCAGAUGGGUGUCUGGGUUUCAGUGUCCGCGGGGGCUCUGAACAUGGACUCGGUAUAUUUGUCAGCAAGGUGGAAGAUGACAGCUCUGCAGCGCUCGCCGGGCUGACUGUGGGCGAUAAGCUGGUGGAGGUGAACGGGGUCAGCCUGGAGAGCAUCACCAUGAGCAGCGCUGUGAAGGUCCUGACGGGCAACAACAGGCUGCGGAUGGUGGUGAGACGGGUGGGCAAGAUCCCCGGCAUCCGCUACUCCAAGGAGAAGACCACAUGGGUGGAUCUGAUUCACCGGCGGAUGGUGGUGGAGGAGAGCGGUCAAACACCGUCAGAGGCCAGUUCAGACAGCGCUCUCCGCAGGAUCGUACAUCUCUUCACCACCUCAGAUGACUACUGUUUGGGCUUCAACAUCAGAGGAGGCAAAGAGUUCGGACUAGGAAUUUAUGUUUCUAAGUUGGACCCGGGCGGGCUUGCAGAGCAGCAUGGCAUCAAGAUGGGCGAUCAAAUCCUCGCAGCCAAUGGGAUCAGCUUUGAUGACAUCACCCAUAGCAAUGCAGUAGAGGUCCUGAAGAGCCACACUCAUGUCAUGUUGACCAUCAGGGAAGCUGGCAGAUACCCUGCAUACAAGGAGAUGGUGGCAGAAUAUGGCUGGCUCGACAAUUUGGCCAAUGGGGGCCUUGCACCAUCCUCCCAGGGUUCAGACUCCAACUCCUCUGCCUCCUCGCUGUCCUCCAGCACCCCUCUCAGCUCCCUCAGUGGUCUCUCCCAGGUUCUUUUCCCUCAUGUCUUUGGCUCCGAGAUGGUAGACGUCGCCAUCUCCACGGAGGACUGCUCCCGACGUCAAAGCAGCGCAGAGCGAACUGCUGACACCGCCAUGCAGACCGACCCCCAACCCCCAAACCAACCAGACCAGCCCACAACUAAUGGGUCGUACUCAGACAGACUGGUCGCCACAGAAACUAGCCGGACUGUAGGUGCCACAUUGCUGCUGAAGGACACAGUCAUACGAGGGAAAGGGGAAGGCCCGAGGGAGACGGGAGGACCUGGAGAAGGAGGGCAGGGACGUACGAGGACGCUGUCACCUGGGGACCAAGAAGUAGUGAAACACUCACCUAAGACGGCAGCGCUGAUGGCCCUGAGCAGACCACGGAAGCCAAUCAGACGUUCCCAUAGCCACAUCACUGUGUCAGAAGACAGACAAAAAAAGCAGAGACAACAGAAGGAGAAGAGCUCUGGAGAGGGUAAAACCAGCCUGCAGCGAUCUAAAACCUUUGUCAACCUGUUCUUCAAGAAAAGCCGCUCCAAGUCCCCAUCUCACCAUGCCAACAAAGAUAAGGAGCGGGGUCGUCCCUUCCAGCUCUUGACCUCCCCGACGGAAUCCCGUGCUGGGGUUAAAGACAGCAGCCCGCUGCCCCGACCAGAGACCCUGCAGCACGUGGAGGACAUGGCAAAGAAACUACUCAGCCAGGAUGAGGUGGCAGCUGUGAUGAGACACUGUCGGCGGUUUUUGUCCGACAUUGUGAUUGAGGAUUUAGUGCGCCCCAUUUUGGCAAUCUUGGACAGGCCAGAGAAACUGCUACUUCUCCGAGAAAUAAGGAUGCUGAUACCUACUACUGAGCUGGGUCAGUUCGACAGCAUGGUCAUGCCCUUUGAGCUGGAGGCGUACGACAUCCUCAAAAGUCGCUCUGUUCGUUCUCCAGCUCUGCGCUCCCCUCGCAGUGGAACCCCUCGACGUCACCUCAUCACCCCAAUCCCAGACUACAGGGGUGGAUUCCACCUCCAGCCGGUCCAGGACAAACUGCGGGAGUGUCAGCUGAUUGAGGAGUUGGAGAGAUUACGUUUGUCCAGCCAACAGUCAGGCCAUCUGCCUCCAUCUCGUGCCUUCACCCCUCUGCUGGAUGUACCUGUGGACAACUAUGUCUCUUCCAAUGUGCGCUCCCGCUCCCUGAGCCCCCUACCCACCCACAGCUUCCUCCUCAGAGAAUCACCUCACAGCUCUCAACGUGGGCGCCAAACCCAUCGCUCCUCAAACAGAAGAGAGAACGGGGCGUCGCACUAUGACGAGGUCUCCUUGUUGUCAGAUGCAGCUCCUGAACGAGGGAGGUCGCCUGUGAGGAACGGGCAUGGGAGAGCGCUGAGGGAGUUGAGUCCUGACAGCAUAGAUGGCAGACGGAGCAGGCAGGAGUGCUACACAGAGGUCAGCGUACAUGUGCCUUCACAGCGUCGAGGGAGGACCCCUCUGGAUGAUGUGUUUGAGGCCCCGAGAGACAAGAGUCCAUCCACAGGCAGAGAGAGCAGUCAGCAGCUAAAUGGACAUUCACAAAAUGGUGUGAAAAGAAGAGUCACUCUGCCAUCUGAGGAGUAUGAAAUCAACACUUUGACCAUCUCUAAGGCCAAGCAGUCACUGGGUAUUAGUAUCUCUGGAGGUAUGGAGUCUAGAGUGCAGCCCAUGAUAAAGAUUGAGAAAGUCUUCCCAGGAGGAGCUGCAUCUACGAAUGAGGCUCUCAAGGCAGGGUAUGAGGUGUUGUCUGUGGAUGGCGAGAGUCUGCAGGGAGUGACUCAUCAGCACGCGGUGGAUGUAAUUCGCAGAGCGUUCAGCAACAAGGCCAAAGACAUGAUGGUUUUUGUGGUCAAGGUCUCCAAGGUCCCUACAACCCCCACCAGCCCCAAGAGACCUGCAGACUAACCUUUGUGUGCCUCACAGUUAGACUGCAGUUCAGGCAUGAAGGACACCAAAACCUGCAACUCCUGCGUGAGUGAAUAAACUAAAGGGUUCACUCCAGAAGAGAGGAUAUGGGACGUAUAGAUCUCCGGUCAUAGUGGAGAGGAAUGGAUGCACAGAAGCAUUUGUCCUCUGUAAGGCAGAGUUAUGACAGUGAAUAUGUCGAAGAGAAAGGUGGACAUGUUGAAACAGUUCAUUUAUCCAGAUUAACAUUGUUAUAGAUGACCUUUUCUACUUUUUUGCUUUGUUUUUACUAAACGCAUACAUUGCACAUUAACUAGAAAAAAAGUAAGUAUGUGGUUCAUGAACUCCUCCUUGGUUAAAGUUGUGCCACUGUUUGACACAAGGCAAACUUAACAUGACCUCUGCUGAUUGUGGAGCCAGUGGUCUGCACUUUUCAGUUGGAGCAUCUCAGUCCUGCAGCCCCGCAGGCCUGCCAGAGGGAGAUUACCCCAGCCUGUGUUAUGAGAUUUAGAGAUUUAUACCCAGAUUAAACCCCUGUAUUAUGUCAAAACUGAUAGUUUGGGUUUAGUGGAUGUCUGGGGGGAUUAUUACAAAUUGCUGCUCAGUAUUUUUGUGCUGCAUUUUUCUGGCAGAAGUGCUUGUGCUCUGGAGCAAUCUGCCACUUUAGAGGCUUAAUUACACCACGCUGUGGCCUGAGCUUAUGCAGACAUGUGGAGGAGUUGGAAAAACACGUCAAUGAGAAAUGCAGGACAUGAAGGCCAGUGGCACAGUUUAAAUCAAAGUAGGGUAGAGGAGAUAUGGGCAGCAAGGUAACUGGAAUCAGUGUGCGUAGUGCCUUACUUCUGCAGAUGGCCAGUGGGGGAAAUAAAAGAAACAUUGAUGAAUGAAAGAAAGUCAGAAAGCUCAAGGUUUAAAAUGUUUAAAUUCAGACAGGCAAUUAAAUUUAAAGAUGAAAUUGAGCGUGUCUAUGCCUUUGAGUUAUUACAAAGUGCUUCAGGUAUUUGAA